AUGAACCCUGCCAACAAUGUAGCUGAAUCUCUACGUCGUCUCGAAGAAGAGGUGGAGCAACGACAAAGUAUUCUACGUCUCAUCAACCUACCCGACAGGACGGCCGAGAAAAUCUACACCGACAAAGUCCGACUCCUAAAUGGACUUCAUGCCGUUGAGCAACUGGAAUUACUCGAAAGCGAGUUGCUAGACAACUUUUCCAUCGAUCAGUUUGGCAGAAUUCAGGUUCACACCCCUGACUCAUUGUGCAAAAGCUUCGCGAAAGAGUUCAUACAUGUCAGAAAAGUAAGAGAAGCCCGGGAAAUCUGGCGUGCAGAAGGUCCCAGAUACCCCGAGCAUUUCCCGUGGUUCACGCUCUUAUGGGGUGUCCAGGAGCUUGGGAAUUCCGAACAUCCCAUCCCGGAGACCAUAUUGGAUAGCGCCGCAGAAAUUAUUGACACUUUCUGCCACAAAAUACAAGGAAUGAAAGUGCUUGCACAAAAGACAUUACUUGAAAUGCAAUUGUCAGAAAUCAAGAGUGGGAGGAUCAGUGACAUUUGUCAUGCCUUUGGGUUACGCGACGUUGAUUGGCGAAGCAUAGAGGCUCAUCUUUUAAGAGGCGACCGACCUACUCUGGAGACAUAUGUUGAGGGGAGGAUUUCUCUAUCGGGGAAUCUUGAGAAGUUUCUUCAGACUGCUUCUCGCGUUCGUAGCAUUCUCGAAAACUACCGUGUGUUGUUUAUAUUUGGCUUCAAUCCCGAGCAAUCAUGAAGCUGGGAGUUAUGUUGGACUGGC